CUUUCUGUGAGAAUGGCUUCUGUUCAGCUGUAUGUAGAUUUCGCCGAAUGCGUUAUUAACGAAAUCAUUUCUCGUCGCAGCGAUUACCAAAAAAUCGAAUAUAAACGCCAUUUCGCCGCAUUGAUAAUACAGAAAGUGUUUCGUGGUUAUUUAGUACGAAAAACUAUUAAACGAUGGAAUCAAGCUGCCACAACUAUACAACGAUGGUUUCGCGGCUGGCAGUUGCGGUGGCAUUUGCCGGAAAUAUUGAGACAAAAUUUGGAACUGUUGCGUUGGCGCUAUUAUGACCAAUGCGCAACGAAAAUUCAGGCACUUUGGCGUGGUUAUUGGGUACGAAAAAAAAUUGACAUCAAGGCUAUGAUCGCAAAAAGACGCGAGCUCCAAGCCAUGAAUGAACAGACAAUGCAAACGCUGCAAAACGCUUUUCGAGACCUUCGCGAACAGGAACGAAUGCGAGACUUUAUUAAAAAAAAAAUGAAAACAAUACGCGCUUUACAGAACAUGCAUCACAUUAUACGGACCAGGGAUGUUGAGGGAGUGUUCUCGUUACAUGGGACAGAUAAAUUUUCCGACAUUGAGAAACUCAUAAUUUUUUUAUCUAAGCAAAAGAUUUCUUCGGUACAGACGAGGAACUACAGCAAUGAUAGUAAGAAAGAAUGCGACGAUAACAGCGAUAGCGCACUGAAACUUGUUGGACUUUGCAAAUAAUCUUUUCCUCUGUGUAAACAAAAUUAACUCAGAAACAUUGUUUUGGGCCUACACCUUUUCUCUACAAUACCGAACAUUACCUGGUCCCAUAGUUUUUACGUAUAUUGCACAAAUAA